AUGAAGCUCCUAAGUUGGAAUUUCCAAGGGCUUGGGAACCCUUGGACAGGUCGGAGCCUUCGCAAAAUUGUGAGGGAACAAGCUCCCACAGUGUGUGUUCUGAUGGAAACUAGACUAGAUAAAGAAGGGUUUGAAAAUCUUUAUGGUGACUUACCUUUUCCAAAUAGGAUUGUGGUGAAAUAUCCCAACUCCGGAGGAGGUUUGGCGCUUAUAUGGAAGAGAGAUGUACAGUUGGACGUUUUUAAUUUUACUGCAAACCAUAUUCUAGCCAAGGUGGUGGAGGACGACGGAUUUGUGUGGUGGCUAACUUGUUUUUAUGGCUGGCCAGAAGCUGCACAACGAGCUAAGUCAUGGGCGCUUCUAACACAUCUUCGAUCUUUUGUAGACGGACCGUGGCUCUGUAUUGGCAAUUUCAAUGCAAUCUUACACUCAUCAGAGAAACUAAGUAGAAGACCAGCCCAAUGGAGUCAAGUAAAUGAUUUUCGUGCUGCUUUGGAAGAAUGUGAACUGGAGGACUUAGGCUUCAGGGGAUACCAAUAUAACUGGAAUAAUAAGAGACCCGGUACCGCAAACACAAGGCAGAGAUUGGAUAGAGCGGUUGCUGCAAGGUCCUGGAGAGAUAAGUUUCAAUUCAGCACGGUAAACCAUCUCACAUCCCAUGCCUCUGACCAUUUGCCCAUAAUUCUUCAUUACCAGAUUUGCAAGAAGCAUGCAAUAAAGGGAAGCCGAGGUUUUAAAUUUGAGGAAUCCUGGCUACUGUGGGAUGAUUGUGAAGAGGUGAUUAAAGAAGCAUGGGCUAAGGGUGGUGAGAGUGCAACGGGGUUAACUCUUGCAAAGGAGAAGAUCAAAGUCUGUGGUGCAGAAUUAUUAGCAUGGGGUUCUUCAAAAACCAACCCAGACACUGAAGAGAUCAAACACUUACAACAACGGAUUGAAGCACCGAACUCGACAGAGGCUACAAUUGAGAACAGAGCAGAAAUUCUAGGAGUUAGUAAGAAAAUGGAUGAUUUACUGAGGAAGCAAGAGAUUUCUUGGGCUCAGAGGUCAAGGAUUCCUUGGCUUAAACAUGGGGAUAGGAAUACAAAGUUUUUUCAUGCAAAGGCAUCUCAGAGGAGGCGAAAGAAUUACAUACAGAGAAUUAAAAAAGCUGACAAUGAAUGGGUGGAUGGUUUGGAUGGUAUAGCACAGGUUGCCAACGAUUAUUUUGAGAAUUUAUUUUUGGCAGGAAGGUGUGACUAG